AUGCGGCGACGCAACAGUACUAAGUCGGGGUCGACGCUGACUCGAAGCAAGUCCACAGCCUCCUUUCGCUCUGCUGUCCAAAGGUUGGAGCAUAUUGAUCCAGUCAUUGCCGAAAGAGACGCUCAUAUUGCUGCUACCUUAUCCUUCUGCCGCGUAGGCCUUGCUUCCGACCCAGAAAUAAGACCUUGGCUUUCCCGCAACCACAGCCGCUCUGGCCGUAUGGAAUCCUGGCCAGAGGACCCAACGGGUGACGACCGUUUCCAGCAUGACUUCGAAGAGAAUGGUAUACGUCGCCAGCAAAGCGUCCGCUUCGUUAGGCAAGGCUCUCGCUCAAAGAGGCUUCAAAGUAAGGAUAACGACGCCUCCUCGGACGCAGACACCAUUCGACGUCGAAACAUACUCAAGGAUGUUGGAAAUCGAACCCAGACCCAGUCGUCUGGCAAGGUCGGACGCUCUUCCGUGAGCACUUAUACCACCAACUACGUUAAUUCAUUGCCACCAGUCGACUCAUUUGGACCAGCGGACGAGUGCGCGCCUCCUCCAGCAUCGUAUCGACACCUACGCAAGUCCCGAUCGAUGUUUUCCCCGUUGAACCACACUCCAGCGACCACAUACUACUUCAACGAUUCUUCGAAGCAAGUGAACAGAGAGUCCUCGUUACAGCCACAGUUCGUGCAAGAUAUGAAGGAGAACAAAUCUCCAACAGAGUCGAUGGGACUACGCGCACCGAAAUCAGCCAGCUUCCUAAAGUUGCGAGGCACCGCGAGUGUUGCUCGAACAAGCAGUCGAAAACUCAACGAUUUGGCGGUCCAUGAUGCCGAAGAGACUUUCCGCAGAAACAUUGAAGACCAGCAAAAACUGAAGCCACGAUCGUCUAUAUUCUUCCCACGAACAAAGAAGAGCCAGAGUACCCUAGGUCUCCGCAAAUCCAUGAGAGAGUUCGGUUCCGAUGCCCAUCUGGCGGAUACUGCAAACCCCCUAACCGUCAGCAAGGACGCCUCACUGCGGAAGAAGGCACGGAAAGUUUCCAAUAGCCUAAAAUCGAAGCUCAAGGAGAUAUUCGGGCGCAGCAAGAAAGACAAACCGGCUUCUGUAGCAAAUGAAAACGAGGCAGUAAAUGUUGGAAACGAAGACGGCAUGGAGUCCGAGCAAGAUGAUCCAUAUAUGGAUAUCAUCGAUCCAGUUCUAACGGAUGAGUGCUCCAUCUCACAGGUCCCCUCUUGUGUACCUUCAUUGCACGACGCAUGCUCAUCCCGCAGGCUUCGUUCCCGCCAAGGAAGCAUAGAGAGCAUCGGGAGCGAGAGAAACGUGUCAAAUGAAAAGUCGCGUGUGACCAGUUGGACAAGCUCGGAAACGUGUACCCUCGACAGUCAAAGUAUGCGGGGUGGCGAGCGUGAUAAACAACGGCUAUCCGUCAUCAAAGAGAAUGGUCCCCACUACUCGUCCUCCUCUUUUAGGCGACCAGGCAUAGGCGACCGCAAUCCUUACGAGUUGUCACCACCAUCGCUGUCUCCCUCGGAAAACCUAGCCCGCUCUGAGACCUCAAUGGACAAAUCCAGGACCUAUCCGGCACUCAUCGACCGCUUCCGCGAUACAAAACAGGACCAGCAGAAGAAGAACGGACUGCAACACAGUGGUGGCUGGGACUGGGACUUGAAAAGGCAUGGAUCAAACCAACUCCCAAAAUCCUACAACGAACAGAGCAUCAAAGAAGUUGCGAAACAGAAGCCGCCGACUAUCAGAUGUGUCUUACAAGAUGACGACGUAUUUCAAGACAAUUCGGGGGAGGCGGCACAAAUAGGUUUUGGUAUCGUAACCACCAACUCUCUUCCGAAUGAAGCAAAAUCAUUGUUGAGUAGCGCGGCUCACGAUCGCCAACGAUCUGAAUCGGAGGCGACCCUCGCUUCUCAGAGAGCCCAUCCAAGACCUGUUGCUAGUGAUGGACAUGGGUCCCCACCCUCAAGGUCAUCCACCAGGCACAGCGAGGACAUCACGUUGGCCCCGAGGACCUUGUCAACCCGCAGUUCUGCCUUCUUUGGCAGUCCAACGUGUCAAUUAUUUCGGACAAAAAGUCCUUACCGUAAGGCAUUGCAAGCAUCAAUCAAGGAAAGCAACCAAGCAUCGGCCGAGCUACGUUCACCAACAAUUUCGAGCCUCAAUCUUGAGCUGAUUCCUACAAGGCGUCGCCCAAGUCUAUCUGAGGAGGAUCCACGUCUUGCCUACUCUGAGAGUAUAUACUCCGAUGAACUCCGCUCGUCACGAACCACACCGCAGCUCAACAAUAAGCCAGCAGGGCCGGCUAUUCCGCCCCGACACGCCAGUCAUCGAGCGAGUCCUGUGCUUCUCGAACCAGCCUCUUUUACUGGCGUAUAUGCGGACGCUGCCAUCGAGCACAGUUCCGAUAGAAGAGCUCUUACAACUUCUCAACAUAACACUACUAUUGCCCGAGGCACACAACUUGAGCCUCUGACAUACACGCCCACAACACCAAUUGAUCGAACAGUAUCAAAUGCAAGCUCAGUGGAGUGGAAGACGUGGCUCUCCGCUAACGCAUCAAAGACUGAUGCCAAUCUAGUCAACGCCAGGGCCCAGGCUUUGACUGAAGUUCGAUACUCGAAACCAAGCAUGCCUAGAAACUUCGGUCAUGUGCGCGAGAACGCAGAAAUUGAAGAUUCGCCGUCUCCAAUGUCGUAUAAGCCGACAUGUCCUAAAACAACCAGAGUACAGACGCCGCUCAGGACGAUGAGCCACAACCCUCGCCAAGCAUCGUCUGCCAGUCGAGUUGAGAUUGGCACCAAGACACCAGUCUUUAUGACGUCUAGCAGAGAUGAGAACGCAGCUCCCAGGUCAGAUGGGCGCGUUACCAAGCAUCUUCGUGGCGUAUACGGUCCUCUAACAGUUCCGCCACGGAGCUCGUUGCGUACAACUCCUUCAAUGCCCCUAAUACGACCUCAGUCUUCUCGGAACAAUGCUCCCAUAAAGUUGGGGAACAGCGGGGCUUCAAAAAUGCGCAGCUUCGACACAAUGCCGAAACUCCUGUCAGCCGAGGUUUCUCCAAGACCAAAAAGCCGAUCUCCUAUCACAAGGUUUGGGCGCAGUGGAGGAGACAGUGAAAUCCAGUCGUCGGCAUCUAGCCCUAGACUUACAAAGGCGUUUAAGAAACAAUUUGGUCCCUUACAGACCAAAGAAAAUUCAAAUGGUCCAAAGGGGAGGUCUCCCAGGAGGAAGGACGGUCCCAUGCGCCACCGCUUGUGGGACUCCAGCGAUUAUGAUAUUGCGGACAGACCCGAUGCAAUAAACCAGCAAGACAAGAAGCCUCAGACGGGAGAAGGCAAGCAGAUGCUCGAAGGCUUCUUGAGCAGCAGACGCCAGGUCUCUAUCAUGGGUAAUGAGCCAACAGUGUUUCUUUGA